UAUAACUUCAUGUGAACUUUUCUUCGUUUUAGGAGCAUGUGGAGUCGACAUGAAUGCUAUUCGGGACAUGGUGAAAACUGCAGACUAUCUUUCAAGCUCAUAUUCACUCGCCAGCUCUGAAAACCCAUAUGCUACCAUAAAGGACCCUCCCCUGCCAACAUCUAGAAACACAGAAUGUAGCUACAUGGAAAUGAAGCCCCCCACCAGGAGGGAUUCCAGCUAUGCAGAGAUUAGCAACAGCCAGAGGGUUGAUGAAGCAGACAUGAGCGCAGAAACCUUCCCAUCCUCUGGAGCAGCGUUUGAGCAUCAGCAGCUGGGGGAGGAGCUAUUUGACCAAGCAAAAAACAGCUCCUGUGAUUAUGAUUUGCUGCCACCUAGAAAAGACAAUUAUUCAUCAGAGCCGAAGGAGGUGGAUCGUGAUUAAAGAGACAGAAACUCUGAACUAAGACCAGCUUUUAAUAUCUUUGCCUUUAACAAUAAUUGUUCAAUAUAGGGUACAGUUAAUACCCUGGUAAUAUUUCUCUUAUGUUUAAUAUCUCUAUAUUCUUUAUAUAAAGCAGUGCUGAUUGAUGUUUCAGCCUGUAGUACAUGAAGGCUGUUUAUUCCCAAUGUUCACUCUAAAAGAAAUAAGAGUGUUGUUUAAUCAUGGGCAAUCUCAACUAGUGUUGCACCGAUACCAGUAUGGGGCGGGGCCCCGAUCCAGCAGUAAAAUGGUGGCAUUGGUAUCGGCCAGUACCAACCAAUAGGGCACUGAUACCAUUCUGAGAGCCUAAAGUUUCUUCAACUAUUAUCCCCAUUCCAGGUAGGAAAUGAAAAGUUCUACUGGAUUCACUUUGUUUUAGUCUUU